AAGAGAGCGGGAGUAGCAGCAGUGAUCAGUCUGUCUCCAGUUAGCUGUGUAACAAAGCCCUGAGGAAACACAGCGACCUCCCAAGGAACCGCCUGCCUGUCUGCCUCAUUUCAGAGUGGGUUAUUGAAGCCGAAGCCUGGUGCUUCAGUCCGGGAAGACUGCAGAGAGUCCUCCCCUGUAUUCCUCCACUACGGUCUGGGAGCAGCAUCUAUCUCCACUGUUGCUGUAACCAUGUUAAUGUCCCUCUGUGGGACCAAUAAAGGACUUCUGAUUCUGCGGACAGACAGAAGAGAGGGGGGGGAGGGCGAUCGUCUUCUUUUCCCGAAGAGUCCUCUUCCUCGUAGCCCACCGUAUCCCAGGAUGCAAUGCGCGCCGGUGACGAGGAAACAAACAAAAUGUCGGUUGGUCUCAGAGAGAAAGCAGCACGUGAGGAGUAACUGAUAAACGACAAUUCUGGAGGACUGGAGAUAGAGCUGCCACCCACACCGGACCCCCCUUGGUGAUAUUGUCAUAUCAUAUUCACAACUACGGUGUAGUUAUGCUAUGCAAAUACGUCCAGCAGCUGGUGGUGGUUAAAGAAGAGGUUCCCCCUGAGCAGCAGGAGUGGAGCUCCAGUCUGGACCAGGAGGACCCAAAGCCUCCCCCACACAUUAAAGAGGAACAGGAGGAACUCUGGAGCAGUCGGGAGGGAGAGCAGCUUCAAGAGCUGGAGGAGGCUGAUAUCACCAAGUCCACAUUCACUCCUGUCCCUGUGAAGAGUGAAGAUGAUGAAGAGAAACCUCAGUCCUCUCAGCUUCAUCAAAGACAAACUGAACACCUUGAAACAGAAGCUGAUGGAGAGGACUGUGGAGGACCAGAACCAGCCAGGAACUCAGAUCCAGAGAGUAAUUUACAACCAGAGACUGAGGACAACCCAGGAGACUCUUCUGAACCUGACACUGAAGACAGGGCUGAUUGGAAGGAAUCCAGAGAACCUGUGUCAGCUUCAAAGUCUGCGAAAAACAAACAAGAGCCUGUCAGUGAUUCAAGACCUAGUGCUAGAGAGAAACGCUUUAGAUGCUCUCAGUGCGGGAAAGAAAAUUGCAGCAAGAUACAUCUGAAUAGACCCAUGAGCACACACACAAGAGGGAAACCAUUCAGCUGCUCAGUUUGUAACAAUUCUUUUACUCAGAAAUCAAGUUUACAGACACACAUGAAAAUCCACACAGGUGAGAAACCAUUCAGCUGCUCAGUUUGUAACAAUUCUUUUACACAGAAAGGAGGUUUAAAGAGACACAUGAUAAUCCACACAGGAGAGAAACCAUUCAGCUGCUCAGUCUGUGAGAAAUCAUUAACACAUAGAGGAGAUUUAAAUAGACACAUGAGAAUCCACACAGGAGAGAAACCAUUCCAUUGUAGUUUUUGUGAUAAAAGAUUUAUCCGGGGUACUCUGGUCAAAACCCAUAAGUGUGUUGGUCGUCAGUCCUCACAGCUUCAUCAAACUCAAACUGAGGAGAACAGAGAGGCAGAGCCUCCAGCCAGCAGCUCAGCUGAACACAUGGAAACAGAAGCUGAUGGAGAGGACUGUGGAGGACCAGAACCAGCCAGGAACUCGGAUCCAGAGAGACAUUUACAACCAGAGACUGAGGACAAUGACACAGAUGACAUAUUCUGUUCAUUUUCAGACGUCCAGCAGCUGGUGGUGGUUAAAGAAGAGGUUCCUGCUGAGCAGCACGAGUGGAGCUCCAGUCUGGACCAGAAGGACCCAGAGCCUCCCCCACACAUUAAAGAGGAACAGGAGGAACACUGGAGCAGUCAGGAGGGAGAGCAGCUUCAAGGGCUGGAGGAGGCUGAUAUCACCAAGUCCACAUUCACUCCUGUCCCUGUGAAGAGUGAAGAUGAUGAAGAGAAACCUCAGUCCUCUCAGCUUCAUCAAAGACAAACUGAACACCUGGAAACAGAAGCUGAUGGAGAGGACUGUGGAGGACCAGAACCAGCCAGGAACUCAGAUCCAGAGAGACAUUUACAACCAGAGACUGAGGACAACCCUGGAGACUCUUCUGAACCUGACACUGAAUACAGUGCUGAUUGGAAGGAGACCAGAGAACCAGGUUCAAACUCUCAGAUAAAUAAACAAGACUCUGUCAGUGAUUCAAGACGUAAUUCAGGAGAGAAACAAUUCAGCUGCUCAGUUUGUAAAAAAUAUUUUAAACAGGGAGGACAUUUAAAUGACCACAUGAGAAUCCACACAGGAGAGAAACCAUUCAGCUGCUCAAUUUGUAAGAAAUCUUUUGCAGUGAGAGGAAGUUUAAAGGACCACUUUAGAAUCCACACAGGAGAGAAACCAUUCAGCUGCAGUAUUUGUGACAAAAGAUUCACCUGGAGGUAUAAGGUCAAAAGCCAUACGUGUGUUGGUCGUCAGUCCUCACAGCUUCAUCAAACUCAAAGUGAGGAGAUCAGAGAGGCAGAGCCUCCAGCCAGCAGCUCAGCUGAACACAUGGAAACAGAAGCUGAUGGAGAGGACUGUGGAGGACCAGAACCAGCCAGGAACUCAGAUCCAGAGAGACAUUUACAACCAGAGACCAAGGACAACGACAAGGAUGACAUAUUCUGUUCAUUUUCAGACGUCCAGCAGCUGGUGGUGGUUAAAGAAGAGGUUCCCCCUGAGCAGCAGGAGUGGAGCUCCAGUCUGAACCCGGAGGACCCAGAGCCCCCCCCACACAUUAAAGAGGAACAGGAGGAACUCUGGAUCAGUCAGCAGGGAGAGCAGCUUCAAUGGCUGGAGGAGGCUGAUAUCAUCAAGUCCAUAUUCACUCCUGUCCCUGUGAAGAGUGAAGAUGAUGAAGAGAAACCUCAGUCCUCUCAGCUUCAUCAAAGACAAACUGAACACCUGGAAAGAGAAGCUGAUGGAGAUGACUGUGGAGGACCAGAACCAGCGAGGAACUCAGAUCCAGAGAAACAUUUACAACCAGAGACUGAGGACAACCCUGGAGACUCUUCUGAAACUGACACUGAAGACAAUCCUGGAGACUCUUCUGAACCUGACACUGAAGACAGUGCUGAUUGGAAGAAGACCAGAGAACCAUGUUCAAACUCUCAGAGAAAUAAACAAGACCCUUUCAGUGAUUCAACACGUAGUGCAGGAGAGAAAACAUUCGACUGCUCUUCGUGUGAGAAAACGUUUACACAGAGAGGAAAUCUAAAUCGGCACAUAAGAAUCCACACAGGAGCGAAACCAUUCAGCUGCUCAGUCUGUUCGAAAUCUUUUGCACAGAGAGGACAUUUAAAGUGCCACAUGAGAAUCCACACAGGAGAGAAACCAUUCAGCUGCAGUGUUUGUGACAAAAGAUUCACCCGGAGUCGUUCGGUCAAAAUCCAUAAGUGUGUUGGUCGUCAUUCCUCACAGCUUCAUCAAACUCAAACUGAGGAGAACAGAGAGGCAGAGCCUCCAGCCAGCAGCUCAGCUGAACACAUGGAAACAGAAGCUGAUGGAGAGGACUGUGGAGGACCAGAACCAGCCAGGAACUCAGAUCCAGAGAGACAUUUACAACCAGAGACUGAGGACAACCCUGGAGACUCUUCUGAAACUGACACUGGAGACUCUUCUGAAACUGACACUGCAGAUUCUACUGAAACUGACACUGAAGACAGUGCUGAUUGGAAGAAGACCAGAGAAACAGGUUCAAACUGUCAGAAACCUAAAAAAGACCCUGUCUGUGAUUCAAGACGUAGUGCAGGAGAGAAAGCAUUUGGCUGCUCUUUGUGUGAGAAAAGGGUUGGACAGAAAGGAAAUGUAAAAGAUAAUGUGAGUAUCCAUACACGAGAGAAACCAUUUAGCUGCUCAAUUUGUAAGAAAUCUUUUGCAGUGAGAGGAAGUUUAAAGGACCACAUUAGAAUUCACACAGGAGAGAAACCAUACAGCUGCAGUGUUUGUGACAAAAGAUUUACCUGGAGUCAUUAUGUCAAAAGACAUAAGUGUGUUGGUCGUCAGUCCUCACAGCUUCAUCAAACUCAAACUGAGGAGAACAGAGAGGCAGAGCCUCCAGCCAGCAGCUCAGCUGAACACAUGGAAACAGAAGCUGAUGGAGAGGACUGUGGAGGACCAGAACCAGCCAGGAACUCAGAUCCAGAGCGACAUUUACAACCAGAGACUGAAGACAACCCUGGAGACUCUUCAGAACCUGACAUUUUCCAAGUCAAAUCUGCAUGUGUAACAAAAAAAGAGGACAAUUAAUUAGUCCUUCGAGAAUUCACAUGAAAACAUCUGUCUGGCUGUAUAAACUGUUUGACAAUAUUUAUAUAUGACUUCAUAUAAACUCUUUUUCAACAGAAGUUUUGAAUAUGUUUAAUGUUUUGUCAUACUACGUUUUUGAUUUAUACUAUAACAACUGACUGAUUAAUCUGUAAUCUGUUUGGUUAAUGAAAAGUUGUGACUUGUAACUUCCAUUGGGAUGUUUUUGAUAGUUCCUGUUGAGUUAUCAGUCUGUUCUGGUCUAAAAGAAGAACCAAUGACUUAUUGAUAUAGAGAAACUGUACGAUGUUUUCAGUUUUAUUCUGUUCUAUUUUGCUUAUAUUAUCAAACCAAACUAACCUGCUACUAUUAGAUCCCUUGCAUAUUUGAGUUUGUUUAAGCAUGCGUUAUCAUCUCACUUUCACCUGGUCUGCUCUUGUUAUCUAUAUCUAUUGGACACUACUGUCUAUCAAAUUGUAAGUAUUACUUCAUGAAUUUUACUUAACAGACUGUACGUGGUUUGUCAUGUUUUGCUUUCUGUUAUUUUGUUCAUGUCUGUAAGUUGUUGCUUCUGUCGGGACCCCCUUGAAAACGAGAUGGUGCAUCUCAAGGGGUUUAUCCUAAUAAAUACAUUUCUAAAUAAAAGAGAAAUGCCUUCGAAACAGACUCAAAUCCCUGCAUAUUGUUUGUGUUCACAGAUUACAUUCAGCUCAUUUGGAGUUCAGAGUUAAAAUGGAUUUUUAGGAUUAUUCCUGCUUUUUGAAACUAGUACGGGCUCAUGUGUUUCAUUGUUGGUGUUCUGUUAAAUGAAAAUUGAAGUCCUUUCACCUCCGUUGAAUCAGAGUGGAAGCAGAAAUAAAAUACUUGUUCAUAUCAAA